AUGGAGGAUCCAUCUAUCCCAGAGACUGAGGCAAAGGCAAUUAUCAGCGACUACUUUAUCGAAGCUGGCAAAUCAGAUAGCAUCUUCCCAAUUCAUUUGCUUCCCCUUACUAUUGGAAAGGCAAACAAAAAAUACUAUUUCAGCACGAUUGACGGUAAUCUACGAGUAAGGAAUAAGGAUGUUAAGAAACAUCCACCACUAUCUGGUGAAGCUCACACAGGCUUUUUCAAGCGUAUUCGAUGGACAGCGACUCUAGAACUAUUGAUCAAAUACUUUGAUGAGAUGGAAGCGUUUCUUAACUCUGAUCACGGUGUUGACAAAGCAACCAAAGAACCAAUAAUGAGCGCAAUCAGGUUGUAUAUGUAUGUUUUGAAGGCACAUGGUGUUAAGAUUCGAUCGACAUGGCUGCCCGAAGGGCCCCCGGAGCCGCUACGCGGGCUCACCGUUGGCGGUAAGCUCAAGGGGCGAGGACUCCUCGGGGCGGGCAUGAAACCUUUGGAGGGCGUCUCCCGUAAUAAAGGUCAAACCUACAAUUUGAAUGAUAUUCAAGGUUUGGCAACUCCCAGUGCAUACAUAUACAGAAAGCUUGGGUCCAAGUUCAUCCGAUUGCCUGAUCUUGACAAACGAACUCUCACGAUCGUUCAGCCAAAUCGACGUAAGGUAGGUCCUAUGCGUCAGAUCAGCGACUCUCUACAAAGCAUGAUCAAGGAUCUCGUAUUCAAGAACAAGCUUAGUCAGGAGAAGUAUGAUAAGCUCUCUGUCGACGACAAGAAAUUGUUUAAGGAAAUCCUAUCCAUCACUCAUCUCCAAUAUAACUUCUCGGAGCAGCUAGAGGAUCCGCUCGAAUCACUCCGCAUGGAGUAUGAUAAGCUCAAGGGAGAGGUAAUGUUAGGCAACGAUAAUCCCUCGAUCUUGAAACAGCUGAAGGUGGUUUGCGUGGAUAUGUACUCGAAUAAGCUAAUUUCUGAUUCUGAGUUCAAAAACAUUAUCACUCGACUAUUAUAG